UUUGUCAAAGUCAACGGUCACUUACAAAGUUCCAUUUUUCUGUUCCUGUUCUAGUUCAUACUAUCAUAAAGCUUAGAUCUUUCUCAGUUGAGUUUGUAUGUACAAAGGUUUUUGUGUGUGUCAAGAUGGGAGGUUGUGUUUCAAUAUCAGUGCUGUGUGAUCAAACACUCUGCCAGAUCGGCCGCUGUUUGACUCAGAAAGCAAGUUACAUUCGUAAGCUCCAGGAAAACGUGGGAACUCUGCAGACGGCAACGCAAGAGCUCAAGGAUCUCAGGGAUGAUUUGCUGACAAGAGUUUCUUUAGAGGAAGAGAAAGGUCAACGACGGCUCGCAACCGUUCAGAGAUGGCUUUCAAAUGUUGAGACAAUCGAAUCUCAAGUCAAUGAAUUGCUGCUUGCAUCAGGUACUGCCGAGGUUUCCAGGAGUUUCAGGUCGAGGUUUGAGUAUGGUAAAAAGGUCUUCAAGAAAAUCAAAGAAGUCAAGAAUCUCAAGUCUAGAGCAGAUUUAAAAGUCAUGGCCGAGAGAGUUCCUAGAUCUAAAGUGGAAGAGAGGCUUAUCUACCCUGUUGUUGGUAUGACAGCAAUGACUGAAAAGGUAUUUAGCAGUCUAAUGGAAGAUGAAGUUGGAACAUUAGGUCUUUACGGAAUGGGGGGUGUCGGUAAAACCACACUCCUGUCUCAUAUCAAUAACAGUUUUGUUAACACAGGAAAUGAUUUUGAUGUUGUCAUUUGGGUUGUGGUGUCUAAAGAUCAAAAGAUAGAGAGUGUUCAAGAAACUAUUUUGAGGAGACUUGGUCUUUGCAGUGAGGAGUGGAAACACAUAAAGGAAGAAGAGAAAGCAUCAGAGAUCAAGAAAAUGUUAAAGGGUAAGAGAUAUAUGUUGUUAUUGGAUGACAUAUGGAGUAAAGUAGAGAUUCAAAGGAUAGGAUUCCCUUCACCCACAAGAAUGAACCGAUGCAAAGUAGUGUUCACUACUCGGUCUAAGGAAGUGUGCUCGGAGAUGCGGGUUGAUGUUGAGAUGGAAGUCAAGUGUUUGGCGUCGAAUGAAGCAUGGGAGUUGUUCCGGAUGAGAGUUGGGGAUCUAACCUUAGAGAGUCAUCCAUACAUUCCUGAAGCUGCAAGAAUAAUAGCUGAAAAGUGCUAUGGUUUGCCACUGGCGCUCAAUGUUAUUGGGGAGACCAUGUCAUCUAGAAAGCCAAUACAAGAAUGGUCUCACGCCCAGGAUGUCUUGACUUCGUUUGCUGCUGACUUUUCGUGUAUGCAAGACAAGAUUCUUCCUAUCUUGAAGUUUAGCUACGAUAAUCUAAAAGAUGAGAUGUUUAGAAAGUGUUUACAAUACUGCGCUUUGUUCCCGGAAGACUAUGAGAUUGAGAAGGAAGAGUUGGUCGAGUAUUGGAUAUGCGAGGGAAUUAUAGAUGGGAACAAAGACAGAGACAAAGCUAAGAACCAUGGUUAUGAGAUCAUAGGUACUCUUGUUCGUUCUUGCUUAUUGAUGGAGUAUGAGCAUACAGAGUUUCUCAAGAUGCAUGAUAUGGUUCGUGAGAUGGGGCUGUGGAUAACAGCUGAACUUGGUAAGAAGAAAGAGAGCUUCAUUGUGAAAACUGGUUCCGGGUUAAGCCAUGUCCCAGUGGUGCAAGAUUGGAGCGUUGUCCAGAAGAUGUCAUUAAUGGGAAAUGAAAUUGAGAAGAUUAAUGCAUGUCCUUAUGGGACAAAGAAACUCGCAACACUCUUCCUUCAAAACAACAAGUUGGUGAGUAUCUCAGAGCGGUUCUUUCAGUGGAUGACAGAGCUUAAGGUUUUGGAUUUAUCUUCCAAUGAAAGUCUCACCCAGUUGCCUGCAGACAUUUCAAAGUUGGUUACCUUGCAGUAUCUUAACUUAUCAAGUACAGGGAUCGAGGUUUUGCCAUUUGGUAUAAAAUCUUUGACAAAACUGAUACAUCUGAACUUAGAGUUCACACACAAGCUCAAGAGUGUUGUUGGGAUCUCGAAUCUAUUGAGUCUGCAGGUACUAAUGCUAUUUGAGUCCAAUAUUCCUCUGAAUAAUGGCUUAGUGGAGGAGGAGCUGAAGUCCUUGGAAAAUUUGGAACUUUUGACUCUAACUCUAAAAGAUGCCUUUGUGAUGGAACGACUCCUAAACAUCCACAGUUUAGUGAACUUUACGCGCCAUUUAUCUCUCGAUAAAUGUAUACCAAAUGCUGUCAGAAUAUCAUUAGUGGCAGGGUCGAGUGCUCCAUCUGGCCACGAGGAUAGGCCACUGCAGCACAUGAAAAGUCCAAAUCCUAUGUACUUCCGGAGCCUCUCACGUGUAGACAUUGUGAACUGCGAAGGUCUAAGGGAUUUGACAUGGCUGAUGUACGCUCCUAGCCUGACGAAUCUGCAUGUGGAAAUGUCAUUUCAAACAGAAGAGAUAAUAAGUAGAGAGAAAGUGAUGAAGAUUGAUGGAGAGAAGCUUACUACGCCUUUUCUAAAACUAGAAUCACUCUCACUUGUGUUUUUGUAUGCAGUGAAGAGUAUCUACUGGGGUCCUUUACCCUUUCCUGCUCUUAAAUAUCUAAAGGUACACAGAUGUCCAGCUCUCAGGAAGCUUCCACUCGAUUCUGCAAGCGCCAAGGGGUGUGGUCUUGUCCUAGAUGCUUAUAAAGAGUGGUUGAGAGAUGUUGAAUGGGAGGAUGAAGCUACUAAGAACCGGUUUUGUCCAACCUGAAAACUGUUAACCUGCAUUUACAUUUGGUUGUACUUCACAAUGUCUUAUGUUUGUGGCACUAGGGGUUUGUCCAGAUAUUAUAUUUAUGUAGUUUAA